AAAUGCAUAAUUUGUGAAUAAUUCCUUGUCGGUGAUACAUUGAAAUUAUCCCAGGUUUCGUUCUUGAGCUUCAAGUUGUGGCCAAAAUAUCUGCUUAUAAUUCUAGCUGGGUAUUUUCUGCACACGUCUUACCGGUUUUUCUGAGCUGAAACGUGAAACUAACUUCCCCGUUUGACGGUUGUCGUGAUUCUGCUGUAGUCUUGGUGACGCAGAGCUACGCUGCUCUCAUCUCACCUGCCAUGUUGAAAAUCCUCUAAAUAACACAUCUAAGGAUGAUAUUUGUUUGAUUUAACAUUUUUUUCCGUCAACGGCGGCAGCCUACAUAACUGGAAAAAUGCAUCAUCAUCGGAGCUAACCUUACACACCCUUUUCUAUCAAAGCAUUCCCUAAAAAAACUCUUACUGCAGUGAUCGUGUAGGAAGGAAGGGUGCUUAUAUCAUACAGGAGAACGACAUAUUGAGAUAUAUUGGGAUAUUAAAGAUCCCAUCAAGCAGAUGAAGUAAUUAUUCAGCACCACAGCGAGACUUGUGCUCCAUAAAGGCAUAUUACAGGGAUUUUUCAUCUAUAUGUGUGACUGAUCAUCCCAGAACUAAAACAGAUGUCAAUCAAACUUUAUUGCAGACUCCAACGUCCAAAUAGACAUACAAUCACAUAAACAAACGUACAGUGUAAAAGGCGUUAUAUCACCUAAUAUUAAAAAAAGUGCUUGUGCAAAUUCAGUAAAAAAAGGCAUCUAAGUAAAAAGUGGCAUAUAUUAAAAAAACAGUGCUUAUACACUUCCUAUAAAAGACACAAAUAGCAGUGUUUCCACAUAUAGGAUUGGUUUCUAACAGAACUACACCUUGGAUUGGUCGACUGUAUAAUAAGGUUAUUCUGGGACCCCUGCAGUCUACAUAUAAACAUAUACAUCAGUCUUCUCAGGGUGGCCUGGAAGGUGUUUAUCCCUAAAUCGCAAAAAAAACUUACUGGCACUAACUGGGCUUCUUGAGCAGGAUUCUGAGACAUUAUAUGCAACCUGGAGUUUGUGCAAGCUAUCUUUCUUAUAGCUCACCCAGAGGGGUGCAAUAAGCUCUGAACAAGUUCACCUUCACUUCAUCAGAGCAGUAGUGGCAUUUUCUCACUAACAUAUUGUCUUGGACAUUCUUCUCUGUGACUGGAAAUAUGGCUAUCUCGCCCUAAACUCCCUCACACCGUUAUAUAAAGUUAGAAAGAUCAACAGCAGCCAUGCACAGCCCUGCUCCGGAAAUCGUGGCAGGGUACCCCAGUGGACUUGUGGCGGACAAAGAUGCCAAUCCAGAGACGACCUUGGGGAGCGCCUACUCUCCGGUGGACUACAUGAGCAUCACCAGCUUCCCCAGGCUGCCAGAGGACGACACGCUGUCUGCAGAAAACACCCUGAAAUUACGCAAAGAUGAUGACAACGUUCUGAGUGAGCAGGACACAGACUCAGAUCUGUUUCUAAAGUCGGCUCGCCUACAACGUCUCCCCUCCUCAGCUUCGGACCUGGCUAGCCAUGACAUAGCGUCCCUGCGGGAGACCACCAGAGACCCCUUUACAGAAGACUGUGCCUGUCAGAGAGACGGACUGACCGUCAUCAUCACAGCUUGUCUCACCUUCGCCACAGGAGUCACUGUAGCGCUCAUCAUGCAGAUCUACUUUGGAGACCCACAGAUCUUUAACCAAGGGGCCGUGGUGACAGAUGUGGCCCAGUGUACCUCUCUUGGCUUUGACAUUCUGGGGAAACAGGGCUCUAGUGUGGAUGCUGCCAUCACUGCUGCCCUCUGUUUAGGGAUCGUCCACCCGCACACGUCUGGUAUUGGAGGUGGUGGAGUCAUGUUGGUGCACGACAUCCGUAAGAACGAGACGCGGGUCAUCGACUUCAGAGAGACGGCUCCAUCCGCCAUCAACGAGGACAUGAUGCAGACAAACCUCGAUCAAAAUCCUGGUCUACUGGUGGCAGUACCAGGUAUGCUCAGUGGGAUGCAUCAGGCACACCAGCUCUACGGCAGAUUACCGUUGAAGGAUUUGGUUAUACUGGCAGCAGACGUGGCCAGAAAUGGAUUUAAUGUUACUCAUGAGCUUGCUGAAGCUCUGGCUAAAAUUAAGGACCAAAACCCGUCGGAUGCAUUUCGGGAUUUGUUCCUUCCUAACGGCCAGGCUCCUCCCCCGGGGCUCUUCACCAGGCGUCUUGAUUUAGCGGCCAUCUUGGAUGCUGUCGCAGCCAACGGGAUGUCAGAGUUCUACAGUGGAAACCUGACACAGGAAAUGGCAGCAGCAGUGCAAGCAAGAGGCGGAGUGCUCACAGAGGAAGACUUUGGGAACUACAGCACAGUGUUACAGCAGCCGGCAGAGAUCAUCUAUCAAGGACACCAUGUGAUGGCCGCCCCGGCUCCACAUGCAGGUGUUGCCCUAAUCACUGCUCUCAACAUCCUGGAAGGCUACAACAUCACUAACCAGGUGCCAAGGAACAGCACCUUCCACUGGAUUGCAGAGACUCUAAAGAUAGCUCUUGGUCUUGCAAGCAAGCUGGGAGACCCCAUGUAUGACCCUUCUAUCUCAGAGAUUGUGGCCAAGAUGCUGAGUAAGUCACAGGCUUCCCUCCUCCGCCAGAUGAUCAACGACUCUCAGGCUUUCCCUGUGGAACAUUACACUCCAUCAUUUACCUUGGAGAAAGGUGCAGCAGCUGCUCAAGUCAUGGUUAUGGGCCCAGACGACCACAUUGUGUCAGUCAUGAGCUCUCUAAACAAACCAUUUGGCAGCGGAAUAGUGACUCCUUCAGGAAUCCUCUUGAACAGCCAGAUCCUGGACUUCUCCUGGCCUAAUAAAACAAAAGGCUCAUCACCUAACCCGCAUAACAGCGUCCAGGCUGGGAAGAGGCCCAUGUCCUUCCUGGUGCCCACAGCAGUGAGGCCGGCCAUCGGGUUAUGUGGCACUUAUGUAGCCGUUGGAUCCUCCAAUGGAGAGAAAGCUCUCAGUGGCAUCACACAGGUGCUAAUGAAUGUUCUGUCUUCACGCAAAAACAUGAGUGACAGCUUAGCAUACGGAAGACUCCACCCCCAGCUGCAGGACAACAUCCUCCUGGUGGACUCUGAGUUUCUUGAAGAAGACGUGGAGCUGCUGCAGGCCAAAGGUCACAUAGUGAAGAAGAAAGAUGUGCUGUCAUUGGUGGAGGGCACCCGGAGAACCAAUGACCUCAUCAUCGGGGUGAAAGACCCCCGUAGUGCUGAUGCCUCCGCCCUCACCAUGUCCAACCCGCCCUAGGAAACACACUCACCCGAUAAUUGCACAUACUUAGGAAGGGGUACGAGUUACACUAUGUCUUGCUUGUUAGUGAGGGAGUAAGAAGACUCAUCAUCACCUAAUACACUAAACAUUUAGUUAAUGGCAAAGUACCGUGGUUUGACAGAAAAACAGUCAACAAAAAGACAUGCAGCUUUGUCUGAGAUGACCUUGUAGUAAUCUGAUAUGAUGCGAUUUCUUUCGCUGAUACACGGAAAACUACAAAGGAUCACCAUCUCGCAUAUUGAUGUUGAUAUACCCUCUCUAACAGCCUCAAGUAACAUUCAGUUGCAGCGUAGAUCGCGUUCAAAAUGUAAGUCCACCCCUUAAUGCAUCAGUCAAAGUCUGCAGCCGAUAUUACGCAGAGCAGGGCGUGUUCAUAAAUCCAGAUCUGAUGCACUCCAGCUCCACUUAAAGUAAACAAUGCACUCAAAAGGUUCAGAGUGGAUUUACUUAGUGGACAUUACAAUUUAAUUACUUUUUUUUGCCUCUGAUGUAUUGAUCAGAACGUCCAAGAGUGUUUCACUCUGAAUACAGGAUCAGGAGUUCUGAGGGAAACUAAUGAUUUAGAAAGAAUGCCAAACACAAACACAUGCAUUUUACUCCACCUUUCUGCUUUUCAAUUCUUCCACUUUAUGCAUUUCAGCAUAAUAGGAAAUAACACAUAGGGCCACAUGGAAUGGUGAAGGCAAUACUAUUGAAAUUAGUAUUUGAGCCUUGCAUUAUCACACCUAAACUAGAGUAUGUUAUGCUGAACACAAAGGUUGAACCAUUCACUAUCCUGCUCUUAAUAUAUGGUGUGUAACUGUGAUUAGAUGUCGUUUGGUACGCCUGCUGGAGUUUUAACUGUUGCGAACAAUCAAUGGCUUCCUGGGACCAUUUUCAGGCUAGCACAUUAUUGACACAAAAUCUGUCCUUCACCAGAAUUAUCCAUGGAAAAUUCUGCUUUAGUCUCACAGGUUAAUUAUUACUUCUGAUAAAAAAAUAAGUGUAUUAAAAUGUAUAAUUUAAGACGUUUUAGUUGUUGCAUGAUUUCAUUUGAAUUUAAGAUAGUUACUUACUUUUUAUUUAAAGCAAGGAUAUUUGUUUUUUAAAACUGGGAUAAGCUGAUUCUUAACAGAUGGAUUGAAUGUUAUCUGUCAUUAUUUUAUAUGAACGUUUCUUGAGAUUAUAUAUUAUUUCUACUGUUGUUUCACAAAGCUUUCUAUCAGCUUAUUUUAGGAAAGGCUGUAGUGUUUUUUUUCUGUACUUGUGUAAUUAUUUUAGGUACUUGAAGUGAGAACUAAUUAAGUUUUGUUAAGCACUGCAUUCUUAAAGUAGUUCAAUUUAAUUUCAGGGUUGUCAUGCUGACUGAUCAAAUGAGCCUUUAACUGUUUUUGGGCACUGGUGCAAUAUGACUGUUUCUUUUUUCCUGCACUGUAGAGUACCAUGCCUGAAGGCACACAUUUGCACAACACCUUAUGUUUUAUUCCAUGUGCAUUUGUAUCUGAUUUGAAUAAAAAAUCAGCACGGUCCAAACCCAAGAAAUAAAAUGUUUGCACACAUCCUAACGUUGAA